AUGAGCUCUUUCGAGAAGUCCGUCAAGGGGGCGACCAAGAUCAAGAAUGCUCCCCCCAAGACGAAGUAUAUCGAGCACAUCCUGGUCGGCACUCACUCUGGUGAGGCUGGCAUCGCCGAGGUCCUCCGCGCGCUCCAAAACCGACUGCACGACUCAACGUGGACUGUCGUCUUCAAGAGCUUGAUGACGGUUCAUCUCAUGAUCCGCGAGGGGUCUCCAGAGGCUACGCUUGCUUAUCUGGCUCGGCACCGAAACAUGCUGGCCAUUAGCAACUUUGCAGACGCCCAGACCCAAGGCCGGAACAUCCGUCACUAUGCGAAUUACCUCAUUGAGCGAGUGCGAGCGUAUCGCGAUACCAAGACCGACUGGGUUCGGGCGCCGGAAUCGCGGCUGGAAAGACUCACGGUUGACAAAGGGCUGCUGCGAGAGACGGAGGUUGUUCAACACCAAAUAACGGCGCUGUUGAAAUGUGACCUGCUCGACCAGGAACCAGAGACCGAGAUCACAAUUGCAGUAUUUCGAUUAUUAGUCCUUGACCUCUUGCCUCUGUUCCAAGUCUUGAACCAGGGCCUCAUCAACAUUCUUGGUCACUUCUUUGAGAUGUCUAAGCCGGAUGCCGAUAGAGCUAUGGAAAUCUACCGGACCUUCACCAAGCAUACCGAUUAUGUCGUCCAGUACCUCAGUACUGCCAAACAAUGGCAACACCAUACUAGAGUAGAGGUUCCCAAGCUAAAGCAUGCGCCCGUAAACCUAGGCCGUCAGCUCGAGGAAUAUCUCAACGAUCCUGAUUUUGAGAUUCACCGAAGACAGUACUUGGCGGAACAGGAGGCGAAGAAGGGAGGCAAAACAUUGAAGUCCAAGUCUACGAAGAACGGAGCCGACUUUCCCAAGGCGCCUUCUCCUGCGGCCAAUAACCCUUUCCCUGCUCCCGGCAGCGCCAAGGCCGAGUCGAAGCCUCAAGCAAACAAGGGACCAGACCCCGACCUCAUCGACUUCUUUGACUCGAUUGAGCAGAACCAGAUACCGAUGCAAGUCACUGCCGCUGCCCAACAGCCUCCUAUGCAAAUGCCUAUACAAACCCAGGGACCAGACUUGGCCUUCCAGGGGCAACCUGUUGGCCUAGGAUUUCAACAAAACAAUUUCGUGCAGCAGCCUACAGGAUUUGCCCAGGGUAAUGCGUUCCCGCAGCAAGAUAAUGGGUUUAUGCAGCCUCCAGCACAGCUGCAACCGACCAUCACUGGCUUUAGUGGCUUCGGACCACAGCAGGAUUUCCAGCACAAUGCCCUAGGUCCCAUUCCUCAGAAUACGGUUCCCAAUUUCCAGCCUCCUAUGCAACAACCUGUCGGUCUUCAGCCUACUGGUCUUCAGCCAUCGCUCGCAGCUCCGCAGAUGACCAACCCUUUCCGUCAGUCUAUGCUGGUAGCGCAGCCAACGUCUUCAUCUCAGCUGUCAACUCCCACGUCGAGCACGCCUACUCUCAACCGUCAAUCUACGAAUCCCUUUGCUCGAUCGACGAAUUCUCCAGGCCAAAACACGAGUCCUUUCCAGGCUCAGCCUGUGCAGCCCCAACCUACGAGCACCAACCCUUUUGCUCGUAACGUUCCCACCGAGACGCCGGUGCAACAGCAGUUUCCAGACCCGCAGCAACAGUCUUCAUCGCUUGCUCCACAGCCAACUGGUGUUACCAAUCCGUUCCGCCAGGGCGCUUUUGUGAACCACGCCACUGGCCUGGGCUGGCAGCAUAACGCGACUCCCAUUGGUGGUGGUAUUGACCAGAUUCAAACCGUGCCAGUGUUCCCUCGCCCUGCGCAGCAGACACCCUGGCAGCAAUAA